AUGUCGCUGCCGCCGUACCUGCUGGGGCCCAAUCCCUGGGCCACAAUGAUGGCGCAGCAGCAGUUGGCGGCAGCUCAACAGGCCGCUCUGCAGGCCCACGCCGCCGCCGCUGCAGCUGCGCCACCGGUGCCCCCGGCCCAGCCCCCCAAACCACAUCAUAUACCAGAAGAAAAGAUUAAGGAGAAAGCUCAAAAAUGGAUGCAACUCCAAUCAAAGCGUUUUGCGGAGAAACGAAAGUUCGGCUUCGUAGACGCGCAGAAGGAGGACAUGCCUCCAGAGCAUAUACGUAAGAUCAUCAGGGACCAUGGUGACAUGACUAGUCGUAAAUACAGGCACGACAAGAGAGUCUACCUUGGAGCCUUGAAGUACAUGCCUCAUGCAGUCAUGAAGUUGCUUGAAAACAUGCCAAUGCCUUGGGAACAGAUUCGUGACGUCAAAGUCCUGUACCACAUCACUGGAGCCAUCACCUUCGUCAAUGAGAUCCCCUGGGUGAUAGAGCCGGUCUACAUAGCCCAAUGGGGCACUAUGUGGAUCAUGAUGCGUCGUGAGAAACGAGAUCGUAGACACUUCAAGCGAAUGAGGUUCCCGCCAUUCGAUGAUGAGGAACCUCCUCUAGAUUACGCUGACAAUAUAUUGGAUGUAGAACCUUUAGAGCCUAUUCAGAUUGAACUGGAUCCUGAGGAAGAUGGAGCGGUCGCUUCAUGGUUCUACGACCAUAAACCUUUAUUAGGUACAAAACACGUGAAUGGGUCAACAUACAGAAAGUGGAACCUGACUUUACCACAAAUGGCGACAUUGUACCGUCUUGGCAACCAGUUACUGACUGAUCUCGUAGAUGACAACUACUUCUAUCUCUUCGAUUCGAAGAGUUUCUUCACUGCGAAGGCGCUCAACAUGGCUAUUCCUGGAGGGCCGAAGUUUGAGCCGUUAGUGAAGGAUAACUCUGCGGGCGAUGAAGACUGGAAUGAGUUUAACGACAUCAACAAGAUCAUUAUCCGUCAACCAAUCAGAACUGAGUACAGAAUCGCAUUCCCUUAUCUGUACAACAACUUGCCGCAUUUCGUACAACUGUCUUGGUACCACACACCAAACGUAGUGUACAUCAAGACGGAAGAUCCUGACCUGCCAGCCUUCUAUUUCGAUCCCCUCAUCAACCCUAUCUCUCACCGUCAUUCAGUAAAGUCCUUGGAUCCUCUACCUGAAGAGGAAGAGUUCCUGUUGCCUGAAGAUGUGUCUCCAUUCCUCCAAGAGACUGCUCUGUACACAGAUAAUACAGCCAAUGGAAUUGCCCUGUUAUGGUCACCAAGACCCUUCAACAUGAGAUCAGGACGUACUCGGCGCGCCAUCGAUGUACCUCUGGUAAAGACAUGGUACAAAGAACACUGCCCACCGGGACAGCCUGUCAAGGUGAGGGUUUCCUAUCAGAAACUCCUCAAGUACUAUGUGUUGAAUGCACUCAAACAUAGACCACCAAAGCCACAGAAGAAAAGGUAUUUAUUCCGCUCCUUCAAAUCCACCAAGUUCUUCCAAACCACGACCUUGGACUGGGUUGAAGCUGGUUUACAAGUAUGUCGCCAAGGUUACAAUAUGUUGAACCUACUCAUCCAUCGUAAGAACUUGAACUACUUGCAUUUGGACUACAACUUCAACUUGAAACCUGUCAAGACUUUGACCACUAAGGAAAGAAAGAAAUCUCGGUUUGGUAAUGCAUUCCACUUAUGUCGCGAGAUCCUUCGUCUGACGAAGCUCAUUGUGGACUCGCACGUUCAAUACAGGCUGAACAACGUGGACUCAUUCCAACUUGCUGAUGGAUUGCAAUACAUCUUCGCUCACGUGGGUCAGCUGACGGGCAUGUACCGUUACAAGUACAAACUGAUGAGACAGAUCAGAAUGUGCAAGGAUCUUAAACAUUUGAUCUACUACCGGUUUAAUACUGGGCCUGUAUCCAAGGGACCUGGUUGUGGUUUCUGGGCGCCAGGGUGGCGAGUGUGGUUGUUCUUCAUGCGCGGUAUCACGCCACUGUUGGAGCGCUGGCUCGGAAACUUACUAUCCAGGCAGUUCGAAGGAAGACAUUCUAAGGGUGUUGCUAAGACGGUGACGAAGCAGCGCGUGGAGUCUCACUUCGACUUGGAGUUGCGCGCGUCAGUGAUGCACGAUAUCGUGGAUAUGAUGCCUGAAGGUAUCAAGCAGAACAAGGCCAGGACUAUCCUGCAACAUCUGUCCGAAGCCUGGAGGUGCUGGAAAGCCAAUAUCCCUUGGAAGGUCCCAGGUCUCCCAACACCAAUUGAGAACAUGAUCCUUCGUUACGUAAAAAUGAAGGCGGACUGGUGGACGAACACAGCCCACUACAACAGGGAGCGUAUCCGACGUGGUGCCACUGUUGAUAAGACUGUCUGCAAGAAGAACCUUGGUCGACUCACCAGACUGUACCUCAAGGCUGAACAGGAGAGACAGCAUAAUUAUUUGAAGGAUGGUCCCUACAUUUCACCCGAAGAAGCUGUCGCCAUCUACACAACAACAGUUCACUGGCUAGAGUCCAGACGCUUUGCUCCCAUUCCAUUCCCUCCUCUGUCAUACAAACACGACACCAAACUCCUUAUUUUGGCGUUGGAGCGAUUGAAAGAGGCAUACAGUGUCAAAUCCAGGCUGAACCAAAGUCAGAGAGAGGAAUUGGGGCUCAUUGAACAGGCGUAUGAUAAUCCUCACGAGGCCCUGUCAAGAAUCAAGCGUCAUUUACUCACGCAGAGGACUUUCAGAGAGGUCGGCAUAGAAUUCAUGGACCUCUAUUCGCAUCUAGUCCCAGUGUACGACGUGGAGCCUCUGGAAAAGAUCACAGAUGCAUACUUAGACCAGUACUUAUGGUACGAGGCUGAUAAACGAAGACUGUUGCCUCCAUGGGUCAAACCAGCAGACACUGAACCCUCCCCACUGCUUGUGUACAAAUGGUGUCAAGGUAUAAACAACCUACAAGAUGUAUGGGAAGUCGGUGAGGGUGAAUGCAAUGUCCUGCUCGAAUCUCGUUUCGAGAAAUUGUACGAGAAGAUAGAUCUGACCCUACUGAACAGACUGUUACGUCUUAUCGUCGACCACAACAUCGCUGACUACAUGACUGCUAAGAACAACGUUAUCAUCAAUUACAAGGACAUGAACCAUACAAACUCCUACGGUAUCAUUAGAGGUCUUCAGUUUGCUUCCUUCAUAGUACAAUACUAUGGUUUAGUGCUAGACCUGCUAGUCCUUGGUCUGCAGCGAGCGAGUGAGAUGGCAGGUCCUCCACAGUUGCCCAAUGACUUCCUGUCUUACCAGGACAGGUCGACAGAGACAGCGCAUCCUAUUAGGCUGUAUUGCCGAUAUGUGGAUAGGAUUCAUAUAUUCUUCAGGUUUACUGCAGAGGAAGCUCGUGACCUAAUCCAGCGGUACCUCACGGAACAUCCCGACCCCAACAAUGAAAACAUUGUCGGCUACAACAACAAGAAGUGCUGGCCCAGAGACGCGCGCAUGCGACUCAUGAAACACGAUGUUAAUCUUGGUCGCGCCGUAUUCUGGGACAUCAAGAACCGACUUCCUCGCUCAGUAACAACUAUACAGUGGGAAAACAGCUUCGUUUCUGUAUACUCCAAGGAUAAUCCCAACUUGCUGUUCAAUAUGGCUGGAUUUGAGUGCAGAAUAUUGCCUAAGUGCCGCAGUCAGCACGAGGAGCUGUGCCACCGCGACGGAGUGUGGAACUUACAGAACGAGGUGACGAAGGAGCGCACCGCACAGUGCUACCUGCGCGUCGACGACGAGUCACUCGCGCGGUUCCACAACAGGGUGCGACAGAUACUCAUGGCGUCAGGGUCCACUACAUUCACCAAGAUCGUCAAUAAAUGGAACACAGCGCUUAUUGGUCUAAUGACAUACUUCCGUGAGGCAGUAGUCAAUACACAGGAGCUACUAGAUUUACUCGUAAAAUGCGAGAACAAGAUACAGACUCGUAUUAAGAUUGGUCUCAACUCCAAAAUGCCUUCUCGUUUCCCACCGGUUGUGUUCUACACGCCUAAAGAGUUGGGCGGGCUUGGUAUGCUGUCUAUGGGACACGUUCUCAUUCCACAGUCUGAUCUUCGUUGGUCUAAACAAACAGACGUGGGCAUCACUCACUUCCGCUCGGGUAUGUCACACGACGAGGAUCAGCUUAUUCCCAACUUGUACCGCUAUAUACAACCCUGGGAGGCUGAAUUUGUGGACUCACAGCGAGUAUGGGCUGAGUACGCACUGAAGAGACAGGAGGCUAACGCUCAGAACAGACGUCUAACGCUAGAAGAUCUAGAAGACUCCUGGGACAGAGGUAUCCCUCGUAUCAAUACGUUGUUCCAGAAGGACAGACAUACGCUGGCGUAUGACAAAGGAUGGCGUAUUCGUACAGAGUUCAAACAGUAUCAGGUCCUAAAACAGAAUCCAUUCUGGUGGACACACCAGCGCCACGACGGCAAGCUGUGGAACCUGAACAACUACCGCACUGACAUGAUACAGGCACUCGGCGGAGUCGAGGGCAUACUCGAACAUACACUCUUCAAGGGAACAUACUUCCCUACUUGGGAGGGUCUCUUCUGGGAGAAAGCAUCAGGUUUCGAAGAGUCUAUGAAGUACAAAAAGCUGACCAAUGCGCAGAGAUCUGGUUUGAACCAGAUCCCCAACCGUCGGUUCACGCUCUGGUGGUCGCCUACCAUCAACAGAGCUAAUGUGUACGUCGGUUUCCAGGUACAACUGGAUUUGACCGGUAUAUUCAUGCACGGUAAAAUCCCCACACUGAAGAUCUCACUGAUCCAGAUCUUCAGAGCUCACUUGUGGCAGAAAGUCCACGAAUCCAUCGUCAUGGACUUGUGUCAGGUAUUCGAUCAAGAGCUAGACGCGCUAGAGAUCGAGACGGUACAGAAGGAGACCAUCCACCCUCGUAAGUCGUACAAGAUGAACUCUUCAUGCGCUGAUAUAUUGCUGUUCUCUGCGUACAAGUGGAACGUGUCCAGGCCAUCGUUGCUCGCUGAUACCAAAGACACAAUGGACAACACGACAACACAGAAGUACUGGCUCGACAUACAACUUCGGUGGGGAGACUACGACUCACACGACGUCGAGAGAUACGCGCGCGCCAAGUUCCUUGACUACACCACCGACAACAUGUCCAUAUAUCCGUCACCUACUGGACUGCUCAUCGCCAUUGACUUGGCUUAUAACUUGCACAGUGCAUACGGCAAUUGGUUCCCGGGUUGCAAGCCUCUAAUCCAGCAAGCGAUGGCCAAGAUAAUGAAGGCUAACCCCGCUCUAUACGUAUUGCGUGAGCGAAUCCGUAAGGCGCUGCAACUGUACUCAUCUGAACCUACUGAGCCGUACCUUUCCAGUCAAAACUACGGAGAGUUGUUCUCUAACCAGAUCAUUUGGUUCGUGGACGACACCAAUGUAUACCGUGUGACGAUCCACAAGACGUUCGAAGGCAACUUGACGACAAAGCCCAUCAACGGCGCCAUCUUCAUCUUCAACCCGCGCACUGGGCAACUGUUCCUUAAGAUCAUUCACACCAGUGUAUGGGCUGGACAGAAACGUCUUGGACAGCUCGCCAAAUGGAAGACUGCUGAAGAAGUAGCAGCCUUGAUUCGUUCCCUACCAGUUGAGGAGCAGCCUAAACAAAUCAUCGUCACCAGAAAGGGAAUGUUGGAUCCUCUUGAGGUGCACUUGUUGGACUUCCCUAACAUCGUAAUCAAAGGCUCGGAGCUCCAGCUUCCGUUCCAAGCGUGUCUCAAGGUGGAGAAGUUCGGAGACCUCAUUCUGAAGGCCACAGAACCACAGAUGGUGUUGUUCAACUUGUAUGACGACUGGCUCAAGACUAUCUCGUCAUACACUGCAUUCAGUCGUCUGAUCCUUAUCCUGCGCGCUCUCCACGUAAACACGGAGCGUACCAAGGUUCUAUUGAAGCCAGAUAAGACCACAUUGACGGAGCCACAUCACAUCUGGCCCACUCUGUCUGAUGAUGACUGGAUCAAGGUUGAAGUACAACUCAAAGACCUCAUCCUUGCUGACUAUGGCAAGAAGAACAAUGUCAAUGUGGCUUCGCUCACCCAAUCCGAGAUCCGUGACAUUAUCCUGGGUAUGGAGAUAUCGGCGCCCUCGGCACAGCGCCAACAGAUCGCUGAGAUUGAGAAGCAGAGCAAGGAACAGAGCCAACUCACUGCAACCACCACCCGCACUGUCAAUAAACACGGAGACGAGAUCAUCACUUCUACUACCAGCAACUACGAGUCACAGACAUUCAGCUCAAAGACGGAAUGGCGCGUGCGUGCUAUAUCAGCUACGAACCUGCAUCUUCGUACGAACCACAUCUACGUGAGCUCGGACGACAUCAAGGAAAGUGGCUACACUUACAUCCUGCCCAAGAAUUUGCUCAAGAAAUUCGUCACCAUCUCUGAUUUGAGAGCACAGAUCGCAUGCUACCUGUACGGCACGUCCCCGGCCGACAACCCGAUGGUCCGCGAGGUGCAGUGCUGCGUGGUGCCGCCGCAGUGGGGCACGCACCAGGCCGUGCACCUGCCGCGCCACCUGCCGCGCCAUCCCGCGCUGCAGCACCUGCAGCCGCUCGGCUGGAUGCACACGCAGCCCAACGAACUGCCGCAACUGUCGCCACAGGACAUCACAACACAUGCAAAGAUAAUGGCAGAAAACCCAUCAUGGGAUGGAGAGAAGACGAUCAUAAUUACCUGUUCGUUUACUCCUGGUUCCUGUUCCCUCACGGCGUACAAACUGACGCCAAGUGGGUAUGAGUGGGGAGCACGCAACACUGACCGCGGGAACAACCCCAAGGGAUACCUGCCCAGCCACUACGAACGAGUCCAGAUGUUGCUCUCCGAUAGAUUCUUAGGAUACUUCAUGGUGCCUUCGCAAGGAAGCUGGAAUUACAACUUUAUGGGUGUGAGACACGAUCCCAAUAUGAAGUAUGGAGUCCAGCUCGGCAACCCGCGCGAGUUCUACCACGAGGUCCAUCGUCCCGCGCACUUCAUGAACUUCGCUGCAAUGGAGGACGCCGCCGCGCCCACACUCGCUGCGGACCGGGAAGACCACUUCGCAUAG